AGGCCAAGUUUCACUCAGUGGAUUGACCUGCUGAAUGGCUCCUGCUAUAAAGAGUCGUUUUCCAGUGAAAACUGUGUUUUGUAUGUGGAAAACAGUCAGAGUCCAAUCAGCUGAUCUGAAUCAGCUGUUUGUGCCAAACUAGUUAAAUUGUUGCCAUGGUGAUUUUAAGUUUCUACUGGAGACAUGGAUUAACUGGAUUCCACUGCAGCUUUAAACUGUCUCUACUCAGUUUCAGCACCGCGGACAGAGUCUCUGCAGCAGCCCCCCCCCACCCCCCCAUCCCCAUCCCCAUCUAUUCCUUCAGUCUGCGUCACAGAGAGACAGACAGGUAGAGACAGACGGUGUAGGAGUGAUGGAGCUGCAGACAGACUCUUUCUUUUCUCUUCACGGUUGAUUUUUAUUUUUAACGGUUUAACGGUUAAGCGCGAGGGCCGUACAGGCAGACAGCUCUUCCUCUUCCUGCGCUGCCGCAGAGGCUAGCGCCGCUCGGACCGGUUGUCGUCAUGGGAACGGUGCUGUCUCUGUCUCCGGGCUCACGGAAAGCCGCUGCUCGUGGGCCAGACAAGCUCGCGGAGCUCGCGGUUCAGAAGCCGCUGGAGGCCCGCGAGGAGGAGGAGGAGGAGGAGAAGGAUGGCAAAAAGAAGAAGAAGAAGAAGAAACGGCACCCGGUGCUGCUGCACGCGCUCAGCUGGAAGAAACGCCUCGUGGCCGCGCGAGCCAAGAGGAAGGGCGGGAAGAAGGUGAAGCCGGCGGCGCCCGAUUCCGGGCACGUGCAGCGGGAGCAGCGGGAGCAGCGGGAGAAAGAGGCCACCGACAGCCGCCACCGAACACUGAAGGCCGGACAAAGACACGGGCCCAUCCCUGUACCCGUACCAACCGUCCCGGAAUACUCCCAGAGCCAGAAGCAGGGUAGGCCGGACCCGAUCAUUUCACCACGGAGGGUGGUGGUGCAGGCUUCGACAGGUGAGCUGCUUCGUUGUCUUUCUGAUUUUCUGUGUCGUCGUUGUGUCAAACUGAAGGAGCUGUCGUCCAAUCAGAUUGUCCUCUGGUUCAGAAAUGUCGACCGAGCGCUGUUGGUUCAAGGCUGGCAGGACCAGUGCUUCAUCAGUCCUGCCAGUCUGGUCUUUGUGUACCUGCUGUGCAGAGAGGCGGUGGAUGAGGACACGUCUUCGGAGCAAGAGCUUCAUGCCACCUUCCUCACCUGCCUCUACCUGGCCUACUCCUACCUUGGCAAUGAGAUCUCAUACCCCCUCAAACCUUUCCUGGUGGAGUCCAGCCGUGAUGCAUUCUGGGAGCGAGCGCUGGAGCUGAUCGACCGUCUGAGUGCUGACAUGCUACGAAUCAACGCCAACCCACACUUCUUCACAGAGGUGUUUCAGGAUCUGAAGAACCAAGGGGGAGUGAGGGAGAGGGAGAGAGAGAGGGAGAAGCUUGAGAAAGAAAAGGAGAAAGAAAGUGAGUGUGAGGAGGAGGAAGUGAAAAUAAAGCAGGAGAAAGAGACAGAAGAGGAGAAAGAGGAUGACAAAGAGAACGAUGAAGGAAACAGAAUAGUUGAUCUGGAUCGCUAAGAGAGAGAGAGAGAGGAGAUCACAGUAUUUGUUAAUGAGACUCGCCCAGUAGCCAUCGACCCGCUGAGGUCUGAAUGUAAACCGGCUGCACCUGCAGCUUUAAGGCCAUUACCAUGGCGAUUGACGAGCAAUCUGAUCAACAGUUGGAUGAAUCAUGACUUUUGACCUCCUACUGAAGAGAGACUGAAACAUGGACACUAGCUCACUUUAACUGCAUGCUGUCAAUCAAAACCAACAUUAUCUUCUGAUUGUACCAUCGUGGAUGUAGACCAGUUAUCAUGGCAACCUUACAUAUGAUCUCCAGCCUUAUUUUGUUUUCGUUGCAUAGCAGAAGAAAGCUUAAUGUGUCAGUGAGUGCUGCAGAAAGGUAUUUAUUUAUUUAUCACAUGCCAGAGGGUGAGGGUGAGUGGUGGUGGUGGAGGUGUGGGUGGGGAAGUUGUAAGUGGGGUAGGUGGUCGUCAACGACAACAGAGGCAUAAAACAACCAUAAACUCACAGAAUCAAAUCAGCGUGUUAAAGAACCUGGAAGCUGAAACUCUGAACCUGUGAGAAGUUUAACAUUUAAAGUUAAUUAAGACCAGUGAGUCAUUAUACAAAGGUUAAUGAAGGUCAGUGUGUCUGAGGUCAAAGGUUAAUGAAGGUCAAUGUGUUUGAGGAUAAAAUUUUAUUGAAUUAAACCUACAGUGUUGUUGCUGUGGCUGGGAGCAGAUGUCGACACCUCAGGCCUUAACGCACAACUCGAAUCUCUGUUUCACUACAGGAACCUAACAAACUGUGACCUCUGAAGUAAGUCUGAGCUUCUGCUCAUGUUCCCACUGGGUUUCACAAACUAGAAAAUUUCAGAUUGAAUGUCAUUAAAUAUGACAGAGGGACAAACACUGAGUCCAGUAGUGGGACAAACAACAAUAGAAGAAGUAAGCUGACAGUUCUGCCACAUUUCAUCUUAUGACUUAAGUAUUGUUAAAACACAUGGACAUCUCAGCUGUCAGCUGUGUCAGAGAGUCAAGACGACUCAACUCCACCAACUCCGAACCCUAACCCAUAACCCUAACUCUCAGAACAGAGGAAACUAAAGCAGAACCAGAAACAACAGAUACAUGUGAAGUUACAGCUCAAUAAGUUCCUGUAGUGGAAAAGGACAAAUAAUGUGGGGUGGUGAUGAAUCGUCUGAUAAUCCAGGAGAUCACUGCACUGCUCGUACCUGAGGAUAAAAAGAUAAAUAUUUAAGGAUGUUUAAUGUCACCUGAGCUGAUUUUAUUUUCCCCUAAAUAAAUCUACCAACUGCUUCAGGCGCCUGACCAACAGAAUUCACUGAUAUAAAGAAGCAGCUUUUGUCUGUUUUGACCUGUUGAUCAGCUGUUUUCUGUCUCUGUUGACUGAAGUUUGAAUGUAAAACCAGUCUGGUUGACUGAUUUGUGCCAACUGUUUUUAUAUAGAAAUCAAACCACCAACAUAAACGAGUCAUCUGCGUGUCUGUCGCCUCCGAUUUCCUCUUCACUGUAAACUAUUCUAUUCUAUUCAGUCACAAUAUAUUUGUCACAGUUAAGACGGGAAUCUGGCUUAUGUCUGUUUUUAGCAUAACAAUAUUAAUAAAAUGUAAAUAUGAAA